AUGUCGGGAGAACCUGUCGCCUUUCGCGACCACAGUCCUCAUCAGCUUUCAAUGAUUGAGGAGGUUUCUUGCGAGUCGAUGCCUACGCCGCCGCAAGAUGAUGACAAAGUUGGCUCUUCCGCAAGCUUCCUACUCAACCAUUCGGCAAACAGCAAGUACAGCAAUUCAGAUAUUUCGGAGGUGUACAUGCACCAGAAUACCGAUUUAAACAGCUUCGAUGAAGUUACGUCAAAUGUCGGCCCUCACCGUCUUCAGCAUGGCAGUCUCAUGCAGAACAUCCCGGGUACUGUGCUAUACGGUAAUUGGGAGCAGGACAACAACCUGGAUCAUCUCAACCGUUGUUCUACUCCCGAUACGGUGAUUCACUACGACCUGGCUGAGAUGGAUGGGCCUUACGAUGCUACUUCUUCAUCCUCAGAUGCGUCAUACCGGCUAUUAGCUUGUCAAGAGUCGACUGCUCACAAUGCCGAUUUCAAGAUUUGUGGUGCUCUAAGAGCGAAAGAUUGGUCGAUUUUCCAGAGCAAUCUAGUCGACUACGGUCCGGACGAGCCCAGUCCGAGAAUCCCCGGCUGCUCUGCUGGCCACCCCUAUAAGAAGACGUGGAAGUUAACAGACUCAACAAUGAUGGCUUACAAUGCCAUGCGAGGCCCCAUGUUAGUCCCUGGCAAUGACCCUUUGCGUAACUGGAUGGUUCUCAAGGCGAAUGAGGCCAUGUACGAGUCUAUAAACAAAUCCGCCAAGAGAGUUCAUGAGACCACCAGUGAAGGCAAUACGCUUUCCCAGGAACGAGUUGACUCGUUCUCAUGUAAUAAGGAGGAUAGUGAAGAUACUCGUAAUAUGGGGCGAGACGAUAUUUGUACCGAAGCACAGGAUUCAACUCGGAAGGGCACUGCCGGAAUGUCUGGCUUCAGCUUCAGAGAGAACCAAGGCUUGGAUGACUGCGCCAAGAUGCUCAAGGAAGCCAAUAUGGCCACGAAAGACUAUGCUCCGCCUGAAUUGGACAGAAACCCGGUCUACGAAGUCCCUCGUCCCAGAUACUUGCACUUGUCACCGAACUUCGAGGGAUAUAAAUUCAAGGAUUACAUACCCGCGAGUGCUACUGUUCUCGACCCAGCUUACAAGCAGCCAUUGGGCCGCGACCGUCAUUUUGGUAAGAGGACGCUGAUGUACGUUUCUCGAACAGACGGCUUACUCGUUCUAGUGACGGAGUAUGACAUCUCAGAUGAUGAGGGCGAUCCUGAAUCAGGACGCCUUUCUCCUUGCACCUUUCGCUUGCUGGCAGAGGGCUGUUCUCAGCGGAACCCAAAGGCGAAUCAAGUCUUCAUGGCCGAGGAUGCUCGGCGGUUGCGUCCUCCAACGCCACUUAACGACAACGAUAGACGUAUCACCACGGACAGACUUACAAUGUCCUUCCAGCUGCAAAGAGACAAGAACGAUGGCGGCUGGAUCACUCCUUGCUACUCAGUCGAGUCGGAGCCUUCCAUUAUAUACGAUCCUCCGGGUGUUACUCUGAAGCACAAAAUGCGCAACUGGUGGUUUGGCCUCUUCGACCGAAUGGACCCCAUAGCCGCUCGCCGCUUCCGUAAAAUCCAGUUUCGAGAAGCUACCGACCCCAUCACGCCCUUAGACACCACCUCCGAACGCUCUGUCUCGUCGUCUAGUAAUUCCGAUGAUGCCGCGGCAGACAUUCAUAAAAGACCCUAUACUGACGCCGAGGUGCUCGAAGCACUCCAUUCCUCUUCAUGCCGCCGGGUCGCAGGGGUUGCGCCACAGAAUGCACCGCUCAUCAUUUCACAGCGAUGGCAGACGGUUACGCGCUGGAAAGCGCAGGACGCAGACCUCGUAAGAGAGAACGAUCAAAUGCGCGGCGCCAUUGAGCGAGCAAAGAUUGAACUGCGCGAGAUCAGGCUCACGGUUGAUCACCUGCUCCAGAAGAAGGCUGCAGAAGAAAUGGCGAUGCGCCAGCGCAGACACAAACGCAUUCUUCGCCAGGUAUCGGCGCACUUACAUGAGCUGCGGUACGAAAUACAAAGCAAGUUUGACGCACUCAAGCACGCGCAAACUCAAAAUCAGAGUAUGAAGGCAGAGUUGGCACUACUUGAGUGGCAGAUCAAAAACGAGUGCGCCAGAGCUGAGCUGUCGAGCCCUGAUGAGGUCCGGAAGGCUGUCUCGGAGCAUUUUCGGAACAAGUUGGCAGCUUUGGAUCUUGUUGACUGUUUUUGA